AUGUCGACAUUCACGACAACCACUUCCUCCUCGGGGCCAUCCACUGCCCCGGAGCCGACGACGAUGUCAGCGACCCCAUCAGCGACAUCGUUCAUCGCCCUGACAACCCCAUUCGUGCCGCCGCCCUCAUGCGGCGACAUAUGGACCACCACCACCAGCGUCACCGCGGGCACCUCGGGCGGCGACGCGGCCAGAACCGUGAUAAUGGUCAUGUCGAACACGGCGGACCCGCGCUUCGCGGCGUGCCAACCGCCGGGCUGGGACGCCGUCCCCACCGAGAGCCGCUUCAUCUUCAGCCCGGCCGUGUGCCCGAGCGACUGGACCGCCUACGCGUUCAGCACUCGCUCUCUCUGGGAGGCGUGGCCGCUACGCUCCUCCGACUCGACCACGUUCACCAGCACGCUCCACAGCUACACCGUCGCACACUGCUGCGCCCGCAGCUUCACACUCAGCAACUCAUACAAAUUCACGCGCGACAUGUUCGGGUCGGUGGGCGUCGCCGCGUCCACCUGCUUUCAGGACAUCCAGGCCACGCCGGGCGCGGUUCGCGCCCACCACGCCUGGCAGAUCAAGUGGGCCGAGUCCGACGUCAAGUCGCUGUCGCCGCCGCCGCCGGCCCUGACCUGCCGCGACCACAAGCUGGCGACCUGGGUGCCCGGGUCCACGGACCACGUCUGCAACCCCGAACCGAACCGCGACUCGCACAACUUGGGCAAUCUCAUAUACUUGGUCACUAUCCUCCCGAUUGUCGUCUUUAUCUCGACGCUGACCUGCUGCUUCUUCUGCUUCCGCCGCCGACGGAAGCAACGCCGCCACGCCGCCGAGCGAACGGAGCAGGCCAAGCAGGACAAGGCCCAGCCCGCACCGGCGGUUUGA